GAAUGCGCAACAUCUCAAGAAUAUUCAGUCAAAAUUUCAAGUCGAUCGGAGCAAAAGUAAAGAAGUUAUGAACGUUUAAAGGACCGUUGCUCCGAGCCGUAUUUCUCUACCUCCUCGACCGGUGUGCGGCGCGCUGACGUGGCACGCUAUUGUAUUUAUUCCUAACCCCUAAAUUCCUUUAUUGCUGAAAGCGUCUUUUUAGGCAGCCUUGUGUGCAUUGAAAACAUGGUAUAUACAUCAGUUGCUCGCUUUAUGUCGUGUUGAACGGUAGAAAGUGAGUCGAAAAAUUUGACUGUUAUCGUUCGAGUUCGUUGAAUUUUCGGGCAUUUUGAACUGUGUUUGUGUUUGAACUGUUACUGAGUGUAUUUAUUAUUAUUAAAAAUGCCUCGAAAAGUGACUAGAGAUGAUCGUAAAUACGGUAAAAAGUAUUUGAACCGAGUAAAAAAAAUAAUACCGCCACAAAAGCGUAAAAACGAUGAAGUAACAGCUGGCAGCUCGUCGUCGAAAAAAAUUAAAAAUCGUCCCGCUAUUGAAAUAGAAGAAGAUCUCCAAAAACAUUAUAGGAUAGUAGAUUUUGUUUUGGUUUUUUCAACAAUCUCUACUAUAGUGAAAUGUAAAAAGUGUGAUGGAGAAGUCAAUUUCACAUCAUGCAAAAAAGAAGGACUCGGUUUUAAUAUCAAAAUGACAUGCAAAAGCUGUGCAUCGCCUCAUUAUAUUCCAUCUUCUACAAGAAUAGAUUCUGGAAAAUACGAUGUCAAUUUAAGAUUCGCUUUUGCAAUGCGAGUAUUAGGCUUAGGCUUAGCCGGGUGCAAUAAAUUGUGUGGACUAAUGGACUUGGCUAGUGCUUUUUUAACGAAAAGAGUAUAUAAUAAGUAUGUAGAUGAAAUGUGUGAAUAUACAACAAAUGUUGCCAAGAAGUUUUUUGCAUCGGCCGUAGAAGAAGAAAAAAAAGAAAUGUGUAAAACGCAUAAUUUAGAAGAAACAACAGAAGUUACUGUAUCAGGCAACGGCACAUGGAAGAAAAGAGGGUUUGCUUCGUUAUUUGGCGUUGCUUCUCAUUGGAUUUCAUACUGGCAAAGUAUUUGACAUUUUAGUAAAAAGCAGUUUCUGCCAACGAUGUAAAACUUGGGAAAAUAAAUCCAGUACUGCUGAAUAUGAAGAGUGGCACAAAGAACAUGUUAGUAGCGGAGAAUGCAAAGCCAACCACGUCGGACCGUCUGGAAACAUGGAGGUAACAGCAAUCGUAGAAAUGUUCCAACGAUCUUUGGAAACUCUUGGGGUGAAAUAUUGUAAUUACAUUGGAGAUGGCGAUUCGAAGACGUACAGCGGUGUUAUUGACGCAAACCCUUAUGGUGAAGAUUUUGUAAUAAAUAAAAAGGAAUGCGUAGGACAUGUGCAGAAACGCAUGGGAACGCGUCUGCGUGAUCUGGUAAACAAGACAGUAGUUGUUACAACGACCAAAACCGGAAAAACCAUAAAAAAAAAUCCUGUCUGGAAAAGGACAAUUAACAGGCAAAAUGAUAGACAAAUUAACUGUUUACUACGGAUUGGCCAUUCGACGCAAUUCCGAUUCAGUUCAGAAGAUGAAAAAUGAUAUAUGGGCGACAUACUACCACUACAGUUCAAACGACAAAAACCCACAGCACGAGAAAUGCCCGAGCGGCGAAGAUUCCUGGUGCGAGUGGCAAAAAGCUGCAGCUGCAGAUGCUCUAAAAUCAUUCAAACACAGCUACGCAGCCCUUCCUUCUAAAGUUCUGGAAGCCAUGAAGCCCAUUUAUAAGGACUUGAGCAAGGACGCACUGUUGCAGCGAUGUCUUGGAGGUUUUACACAAAACAAUAACGAAAGCCUCAAUCAGCUAAUAUGGAAAAUCUCUCCAAAGGCAUACAGUGGAACCUCUACAACCGUACAAAUUGCAGCUAAUGUAGCUGCUUGUACUUUUAAUGAAGGUUCUAUUGCCCUGUUGGCCUUCAUGAAAGAGAUGCACAUCGGUACAGGCCCUAGUUCUCACGAAUGGGCGCGACAAGUUGACGAUUUAACCGGAAAAUUGCGAAUUACUAGAGGAGACGAGAAAGCGGCCUACGACAGUAAAGAAGAGAGAGUUUCGCGGAGACAAACACAAAAAGAUGCUCUGGAUCUUCUGGAUGAAAGCGCCUUGCUGUAUGGACCUGGUAUCGAUGAUUCUGUGUGAGUAUAAAAGAACUAUCGACUUUUAUUUCGAAAUUUUUAGUGUGCAAAAGUUUAAAGCGUUUUUCUCAAACUUGCCAUUUUUGAAGUCCGUGAUCACGAUAACUCAAAAUCUACUCGAUCAAUUGUUCUGAAAUUUGGCACACUGCUUCUUAACAACAUUUACCAGGUAUU